AUGGCGACGGGGAGGCUGCUGCUGCGCGCGGGGCCGCGGGUGCUGCGGGAGCGCCGGGGGCGGAUAUCACACUGCUCGAUCAGAAGAACUUUUUUUGGAUAUCCCCUAACUAAAGCAGGUUCUGGUCUGGUCCAGCAGACUAAAGGUGUUUUUUUGAGGUUCUGCAGACCACAAAGUUCUACAACAGCUGCUGAUGCACCUGGAGAAGAUUCCUUACUUAAAUGGGGUCUUCUCCUGGUCCCUCUGAGCACAUUCUGUCUCGGCACAUGGCAGGUUCAGCGACGAAAGUGGAAAUUAGAUUUGAUUGCACAACUGGCAUCAAGAAUUACAUCAGAGCCUGUCCCUCUGACAUUAGACCCCAUGGAAUUGAAGGAGUUGGAGUACAGACCCGUAAAGGUCCGGGGCCAUUUUGACCACUCCAAGGAGCUCUAUAUUUUGCCACGGUCACUUGUGGAACCUGAGCGAGAAGCCAAAGCAGCCACACGGCUCAUGUCCCACCCGGAGAAUGGCGCAAAUGUCAUUACUCCUUUCUACUGCACAGACCUGGGGGUCACGAUUUUAGUCAACCGAGGAUUUGUGCCCAAAAAGAAAUUGAAACCGGAGACCAGGCUGAAGGGACAGAUUGAAGAUGAAAUUGAUCUCACCGGGGUGGUGAGGUUAUCAGAAACCCGAAAACCUUUUGUGCCUGAAAACAACAUCGAGAAGAACCGCUGGCACUACCGCGACCUGCAGGCUAUGGCAGAGGUGACGGGUGCUGAGCCCAUCUUUCUCGACGCCGACUUCAGAAGCACAGUUCCUGGAGGGCCCAUUGGAGGCCAGACACGAGUGAGCCUGAGAAACGAGCACAUGCAGUACAUCAUCACCUGGUAUGGCUUAUGUGCUGCAACUGCAUUCCUGUGGUACAGAAAAUUUGUACAGAAGAUACCUCUAUGAGGGGAAGAGCAAGUCUCUUCUGUACUGCAGUCAAGAGCAGACUUUUCUGGAAGAUAGCAGUCCGAUCAGUCCUGAGGAACUGCAGCACAGUUUUAGGGCAACAUGUGCUGUAAAGGUGCACAGCUAUCAAGCUGCAAAUAAGACUUUAAGUAACAGAUGCAGACUCUAAGCUCCUGCCAGCAUUAUAUAGCUGCAGCUUGGAUGCACUGAACUUGAAAGCAUCAGUUGAGACUUCCAGGGAAGCUGGUUUACACAUUAAUCUUAAGGAUACAUGUUUCUUUUGUGGCUGGUGGUAAGCUACAGCAUUUUAACUUCUCCAUAUCUGUACCUUCCAAAAGAUGGAAUGGUUUC